GUAUCAUGUCUGACAUAUUUUGACAAUUCCUUGGGUCUCUUGAUAACAUUUAUUAAUUUCUCUCUAUAUAUACUAUAUAUAUAAUUAUAUAUACAUCGCUGCUUACAUUCGUUUACUGGUUUCUUGAUUUUUUUUUCAAUUAUAUAUAUAUAAAAAAAUGCGUAUAUAGUAUAAGGGUAACUUAUUUUUUAUUGUGAACAAUGACUUCUGGAAUUGUAUAUGCUGCUGUUGCAAAAUCUAAUGCUGUUCUUGUAAGCAGUCAAAGAAUGGCUGGUGACUUUGAAACAGAUGUCAAAUCAUUUUUGCCAAAUGUACCAAUUGAGCGCAACACAAAAUCUUGUUUUGUCUCUGGAAUUUUUACUUACCAUAUUCUUGUUGAAGAUUUACUUAUAUAUAUUUGUGCAGCAGAAAGUGAUUUUGGAAAAAAUGUACCCUUUGCAUUUCUGAAGGAAAUUAAAAACAAGUUUACUAGUGGAAGCUUAGCAAUUAGGGCUCUCACAGCAUCUGAACAUGAAUUUGACAGAGAUUUUAGCUAUGUUUUAAAAGAUCAAAUGAUAAAAUUUAGUACUGAUGUUCCUGUUGAUGGCAUUAGUAAAGUUAAAAAACAAGUAGAAGAAGUGAUGGUAGUAAUGACAAAUAAUAUUGAGAAAGUUGUAGAUCGAGGUGAAAGACUUGAAUCCUUAUUAGAUAAAACAAAUGAACUUGAAGUAUCGUCGACUCAGUUCCAUUCGACUGCGAAGAAAGUAAGACGUCACAUGUGUCUUAAGAAUUUCAAAAUGUGGAUUGUAUUGAUUACUAUUGCAGCUAUUAUAGUUACUCUUAUUAUAUUGCUGGCUACCAAUGUUAUACCUAUUCGAAGUAAAGAUUAAUGUUUUAUUCACUUUGCUCAACACAUUGUGCAAUAUGCAUGCUGUUUAAUACUUUGUUAAAAUAUUUUUAAAGUACAAAAGAGUUUCUGUGGGUUACUAGUAUUUUAAAUAGAAUUGAUAUUAUUCCAAGAUUUUGUAAUUUUUUUGAAAGCAUCCACUUUAUGUGAAAUUUGAAGCAUUUUUAUAUGACCUUACUUGCACUUAUAUUCUGAAUUCCAUCUUUACCAAACAAAACCUCUUCAGGGACACAAUUUUUGAUGAAAAAAAUUUGAUUUAAUCUGUUUUAUAUAUUACAUUUAUUUUAUAAUGGCAACAAAUAAAUAUAGUAAAAAAAUUGAAUUCAUUUUUCUGAAUCUUUAUCUAAGAGUAUUUUUGCCAUCUAGAAUAAUUUUUUUGAAAGAAAAUUAAGAAUACAUAUAUGCAUCAGUGACCAUUAAGAGAUUAAUGAUAAAACUUAUUUUUAUAUGUGGCUUUUAAUAUAUUUUAUAUAUAAUUAUCUCUUUUAUAUGUUAUAAAAAUUGACAUUUUAAGGGGGUUUUAUUAUACUUGUCAUAUAAAAUAUCACUUUGUUAAAAAGGAAACUUGACUGUCACAUGACAUUAAUGGUGCUGUUUGCAAAGAAUGUUGAUAAUGUUAAACAAUGCAUAAAUGAAUGCAUUUUUUUUUUCUUCUUAAAUAUCAUGGCUUAGUGGAAAUUUUUUUUGCUAAGAAUGUUUUUUAAAUAAAAUCUUUAAAUUGAUAUUUAUAGCUUUAUAUGAAAUAUUAAUUAUAGUUUUUUUGUGUAUAAUAAAAUUUAAAAGUUUUAAAUUCAUGAAUAUAGAACUGUAACAUUUGAAAUAAUAAAUGUUUUUAGUAUAUUUUAGUUUAGAAAUUAAUAGUAUUAAAAUUGGUGAUUACAUAACUCUGAUAGUGUUAGUUGCAAAGUCUAUUUGAUAAUGCAAAAUUUAAUGCUUUUUUUUUAUUUCAUGAUUUAGUGAAGAAUCUUUUGUUAAAGAAUGUAUUUGUUUUACUUUUCUGAAAUAAAAUCUGUAUAGCUUUAUACAAAUGUUAAUUUUCUAUAUUUUUUGUUUAGAAUGUAGAAGAUUUAAAUUCUUGAAUAUAGAGGUGUAAUGUAUGGAAUUAUAAAUGUUUCUAGUGCGUUCUGGUUUAGAAAUUAGUUAAAUUUAGAAAAGAAUUUACAAAAAAAAAAAAGAAAAAGAUAAUACAUUCUUUUUGUUGAGUAUUGAAUUUUUAGUAUAUUUUUAAUCGUAAAUGGAUGUUUGUUAAAGGUAUAGCUUUCUGUACUUACUUCCUAGUCAUAUUGUCAGUCCAAGCUGUUAGAUUUCAUUUCAUUAAUAAUUCUGAGCAGCUGAUUUUUGUGUUUGAAAAAUAUGAGAAGAAAAAUUUGUAAUGAAAUAUUUUUAUUGGAUUUAUGAUGCAAAAUCUUAAAAUCUUUUAUUCUAAAUUCCUAUUGUUUUAUCAUUUCACAGUAUUAAAACAUUAUUAUCCAAUUAUUUACAUUAUAAUUCAUAAUAUGCGAGUAUGAUGAUAUUUUUUUAUGCUACUAUUUAAGGCUAAGUAUGCUUUUAACCUUUUCAACAAUGUUUUGAAACGUUGUAUCAAUUUAUAAGUAUUUGCUUUAAGAUCUUUCUUUUUUAAUUUUUAUUAACAUAGAUUAUAUGAAAAAAGUUCUGAGAAUUGUCAUUCAUAGUUUAGAGAACAUAUAUAUGAAAAGUGAAUGAUCUUAUUUAUCCAAAUUUAGCAUAUAAAAAAACACCUUAAAAUGAGAGAAUAAUCUUAGCUUCUUUCUACCCUGAAACAAAUUGCAACAAAAUACAAAUAAAGGGGGGGGCGGGAUUAUACUGCAUGCUAUUUUAGCAAAAGAGGACAAGAAUGGUAUUACAAAUAUCAACAAUGCUUAGAUGAAUAAACAAUUGAGGUGGACUAUUCAUAUUUCAUGUUGUUAAUCAAAGAAUGAACAAACUCAUCAAAGAUAAAUGUGUAUAAAUUUUAUAAUCAUCAUUGAAUCUGUAUUUUAUGGGAUAAUUUAUUUUUGAUUUUUCAGUAAUCUAAACAUGUCUGAAUAUUAAUUCUCAAAAUUUCUUUAAAAUUUUCUUAAAUUUUGUAUUGAUAAAAACUUUUGAAUUCCAUAUUACAUUUUUUUAAUAAAAUUAUUACAUUUUUUUUUUUUCUUUUUUCAUUCACCUUAUCUAAAAGGUUAAAUUGUAUACAUAAGAUAUUGUUUCAAAAUUUGUGAUAUAUUUUGAACAUGUAUUUUUACAGAUACAAAAUAAUUGGUAUAACAUAUAUUUUUUGUAAAAUGUUGAAGAUAUAUAUACAUGUAACUUUACUUUCUUAUAAAAAGUUAAAUCUCGUUUCAUUUUCAUAAUAAUUUUGAGAAAAUUUUAUUGUUAUGUGUAUAUGAAACUUUUUGUAUUAAACAUUCCAAACUUUUUAAUAUGAAUCAUAUUAAAGAGGUUUGUAGAUAACAUAUGGUUAGUUAUGAAUAGAUGGUUAAUAAUUUUCAUUUAUGGAGGAAAAAAUCCUCCUUCUGUAUAAGCAAUUUAAUUUUUAAAAAUAAAGUGAUUAAGAAAUUUUGAAUGAUAAUCAAAAAUAAUGAGAAAAUGUGGUACAAUUAUAAUCUCAUGGAAAUAAAAUUGCUUUUGAUUAUAUAAUAUUAUUAAAUAAUUUCUAGUUAAAUAGGGGGGAUGACAAAUUUGAAAACUUCCAGUGUACUCAUUAAGAUAUUUUUUAAGUAUAAAUUAUGAUGUGAUUUGAAAAAAUAUAAGCAUUUUUACUGUUCAUGAAUUCUUAUUUCUGAUACAAAAAUGAUAUUUUUAAUAUCUUUAAAAAUCUUUUUAAAUGUUGGACCAAUUUUCUUAGCCAUAAACUAUCUAUGAUUUUGUUCUGAAGAAGAUGUGAUUACUGUAAUUUUGUUUGUUGCUAAAUGUUAUACAUAUUUUUUA